AUGGUUGAUGAUUCAUAUUAUAUUACACCUCAUGAAGCUGCACUUGCGACAGUGGCAACUUCGAUGAAGAAAGCAAGACUACAUAUAGAAACCCUUAUUUUGAACUCCAUACUGGGAGGUUUCCUUUUCAGUAUCGGAGGUUUGCUUUAUACAGCAAUACAUGCAGAUAAUCCAGAUCUUCUUGAGAAGAAUCCCGGGAUUUUGAACCUUUUAGGUGGUUGCUGUUUUGGGAUUGGAUUGUUUUAUGUCGUUAUAAUGGGUGUAGACCUUUUUAACUCAAAUAUUUUAUUCUUUUCAGUGGGGCUUCUUAGAGGUGCUGUGACCAUUUAUGAUGUCCUAUUAUCAUGGUCAAUAUCAUUGAUUGGGAACCUAGCUGGAUCGCUUUUUGUUUGUUAUCUUUUUGUUCAUGUCAGUAAAGUUGGACAAAAUCCUCAUUGGAUUGCUGGAUCAAGAAAAAUUGCAGAAGAUAGGGCGUCAUUUAGCUUUAUGGAAACUUUUUUGAAAGGCAUAGCUGGUAAUUUUAUGGUUUGUUUAGCGAUUUAUUUACAAUUAUUAGCUAAGCCAACUCAUGUGAAGGCAUUACUCCUUAAUUUACCUAUCAUGUCCUUUGUCACAAUUGGAUGGACGCAUGUAGUCGCUGACAUGACACUAUUAUUUACUGGGAUGCUGAAUGGAGCCAACGUUUCUGUUGGAAAGUACAUCUGGAAAUUAUUAAUCCCAUCAUCAAUCGGUAAUAUUAUCGGUGGAACCGUAUUUGGUUUAUUAAUACCAUUCUAUUUACAUCUACUUGUUGUCGAACGGGAUAGAAAGAACUUAAGUUUACCAGAAUAUGAUGCAAGGGAUGAACAACCGGAAUUGAAUGUUGAUUCAAGAGUCGUUAGAAUAACAAAGAGAGACGACGAAGAUAUUGCUCCAAAUGAUAUUGUAACGGUCUCUGAUUCUGAUUCUGAUUCAGGCUCUGAUUCAUAUACUGAUUAUAAUGAAAAAUCUAGAACAUCUGUUGAUAACACAAAUGAAGGGCAUUUAGAAACGAAUAAGUCUGUUAAUGGUAACAAUAAUAUCGAUCCAAAUCUUUACCAUUCCAUAACUGAACAAGGCAGUUUAAAUUCUACUGGGUCGACUAUAUCAGCUGCAGCUUCGUUAUCCCCAGUUUCUACAUAUACAGAUCAAACAACUGGUAAUCUUUCCCAACAAUAUACUAAUCGGAAUGGUUCAGCAUCACUAGAACCAUUACCAUUUAGGCCGGAAAGAACACAUAUUAACAUGAGUAAAAUUCCUUCAAUAGGAGAUAUCUCAUCUUAUCAAGUUAGUAGAAACCAGACUUACUCAGUAGGUAAGGCACAAAGAGUUAAGAGUCGUAAUAACGUCACUAAUAAUAUACUCCGUGUGAAAUCAAGUAAUCCCCGUCGUCAUUCAUUUAGCAUAUUACGAUCACCACCUGGUGUUUUCCCCGUGAGAGGUAUGGGAGUUCCAUUAGAUAGAGAACGUACCAUUGAGGAUUCUACAUACCAAGGGAACAAUGAAUUACAACAUAAAACCUCCAAGUUAAGCACCAAAAAAUCUCCGAAACAUUUAAAUGAUGAGUUACUACGAAUGAAAAGUAAUACGUCUCCCAAGAAAGCUUCUAUACAUAGUGACAUUGGCGCACAAAAUGGUGGGAAUUUCCAAAGAGUUUAUAGUGUCUUGGAUGAAAAACCUGGUGCGAAGUUAGAAAAAGCCAUAACACGAUUACUAGAAAGGACGCCGUCGAAUAAUGUGAUAGGAAGCAGUAAAGAUCUAGAAAUGGGUGAACUGGACCCACCUGAAUCUGUUCCUACUACUGCUACUACUACUACCACUACUCAAGAUAUGUUCCCACACAAUGAACCAAAUGCAUGCGAAAAUUAUGGUAAAGUAUCGAAGUCGUCAAUUUUUAAGACCGCUACUGAUGGAGGCAGUAGUAAUAAUAUUUUCCGUAAGUUUACAAGACAAUUUGAACCAACAAGUUCCUCACCUGAUGUGAACAAACUUGAAGAAGAUAUGCAUCGUGUUGGUAUAAAUAAAAGUGCGGCCAUUGCGGCCAAUAAUGUUGCCGGUGCUGAAAAUUUUAGUAAUAUUAAUACGUUCAACACAGCUCAUGUUAAAUCAAAAAGGCGAUCAAGUUUAGUAUCAAAUCGAAGCGCUGCAAAUUGA